AUGACUGCUAUCCUACAGUGUACAUUAUUAACCAUUUUAAGUGUAGAAUUCAUCAUAGGAAAUAUAGGAAAUGCAUUCAUGGCAUUGGUGAACAUCAUGGACUGGGUCAAGAGAAGAAAAAUCUCUUCAGUGGAUCUAAUCCUCAGUGCUCUGGCUGUCUCCAGAAUUGCUUGGCUGUGGUUGAUUCUGAUGAUGUUAUUGAUAUCUGCACUGUCCCCAGCUUCAUUGAUAACUGAAAAAGAUGUGAGAAUUUUGAAUAUUUCCUGGACAAUGACUAAUCGUUUUAGCAUCUGGCUCGCUACCUGCCUCAGCAUCUUUUAUUUUCUCAAGAUAGCCAAUUUUUCAAGUUCUCUUUUUCUUUUCUUAAAGUGGAGAGUUAAGAAAGUGGUUCCAGUAACAAUGGUGGUGUCUCUGCUCUUCUUGUUUAUCAACAUUAUAGUUAUAAAUAUAAAGAUUGAUACCUGGUUUGUUGGAUGUAAAAGAAAUAUUUCCUACAUUACUAGAUCAAAUAGCUCUGGACAAUUUUUUAGACUCAUUUUAUUCUGCAACAUCAUGUUUGCACUGAUACCCUUUACUUUUUUCUUAUUAACUUUUCUCCUGCUGAUCUUCUCCUUGUGGAAACAUCUGAAGACAAUACAGCACACCACCAAAGGAUCUGGGGACGUCAGUACCACAGCCCAUGUAAAGGUCCUGCAAACUGUGGUCUCCUUUCUGCUACUAUAUACGAUUUUCUUUUUGUCACUUAUUUUCCAGCUUUGGAAUAUUGGCUCUCAGAAGAAAAAUACAGAAAUUUUGUUUUUCACUGUUAUGGAACUUGCUUUUCCUUCAGGCCAUUCAUGUGUCCUGAUUCUGGGAAACACUAAGCUGAGACGGGCAUUUCUUUCCGUGAUGCAGUGCUUGAGGUGCAGGUCCAAGGAUGCAGAACCAUUGGGUUCCUAA